AUGACGGCUGAGGUGAAGUCCGAGAUCGGAGAUCUAGUCGAGGAAGACGAUGAUCGGGCCGACACGCAGCAGAGGAAAUUGAUCGAUUCGAUUAUGAUCGAGACCCGUCGGAGAACCCGUGCGAAAUUGGCUCUGCAACAUAUGGGUUGGACUGUAGGAGGAUGGGGGAAUCAGAAGGUUAAAGCUGACCAACUAGAGAUGAAUUGGCUCGCGGAGAUACCUAGGGUUGCGGAGAUGAUUUGGGUAAAGUUGGAGAGCGAUCCAACUCCAUUAAAAGAUGGAAUCAUACUGAAGAUGAUCUGUGGCUCUUUCUAUUUGCCCAAAGAAAGUGAAAGUCGAUCGGUUCUAGGUGAAGAUGCUCACUUCAUUUGUGCAGAAAAGAACACUAUUGGUGUUGUGGAUGGCGUUGGCGGGUGGGCUAAGUAUGGCGUGGAUGCAAGAGAGUAUGCAAGGAAGCUCAUGGAAAACUCAGUCAUGGCUGUACGUAAUCAACAUAGAAAAUCAGGAGAUGUUGAUGUUGAUCCGAUACGAGUCUUGCAUGAAGCCUAUGCAAACACCAAGAAUAUUGAUGGCACGUCAACAGCUUGCAUCGUAACGCUUGGCGACGAAGGUAAAACCUUGCAUGCUGUGAAUGUUGGAGAUAGUGGUUUUAUGAUAUUUAGAGAGAACAAGUAUGUGUACAUUUCGCCAAUUCGACAGAGUUACUUUAACUGUCCUCUACAGUUGGGGAAAGGAUCAGACGAUAGUCCGCAAUCGGCUACAGAGAUUAAAGUUAGGGUACUUCGGCCGGGAGAUGUCAUAGUUCUUGCGACCGAUGGGUUGCUUGACAAUGUGUCGCCGGGAGAAAUAGAAAAACUUUUGGAAGAGAAUAAUACUAUAAACGGUUCUGUGGAACCGGAGAUGUUGGCACGGAUCAUAGUAGAGAGGCUGGCUUUGCGUAACUCCGAGGAUGCAAGAAGGUUGACACCUUUUGCAAUUGCGGCUCAUAAGGCCGGAGUCGACCACAUUGGAGGCAAGAUGGAUGAUAUCACUGUUAUUGUAGGUCAAAUACUUGCACCCUAG